AUGGCUUAUUACUUAACUCGUUCGUUGUUAUCAUUACGCGCUCUUAAUCCAUUAGGAGGAUCAAUACGUGCAUUUUCUAAUAUGUACACGGCUACUUGUACAGCAACAGGCGGUCGUGAUGGUCAAGUUGUAUGUGAUGAUGAUCGAUCACACUUAGAUGUAAAAUUAACAAAACCAAAACAAAUGGGUGGCUCAGGAGUUGCGGGAACAAAUCCCGAAGAACUAUUUGCUGCUGGUUACAGUGCUUGUUUUCUAGCUGCAAUGGGCUUAGCAGCACAAAAACUUAAAACACCAUUACCAAAAUCAUCGAGCGUUAGCGCAGCUGUUACUAUUGGCAAACAUGAUAAUGGUAAUUUUGGUUUCAAAGUCGAUCUAACAGUGAAAAUCCCAAACGCAAAACAAGAAGAUGCUGAUGCAAUUACAAAAGCUGCGCAUUAUAUAUGUCCUUAUUCUCAUGCUACACGUAAUAAUGUUGAGGUUAAUAUUAAAACUACAAUAUAA